AUGUUAUUGAGAAAUAAGAAGAAAGGCUUACUGGCAGGCAAACGAGCCUUGUCUUCGCAAAAAAAGCAAAAAGUACUGAAACCUCUAAGGGCCCGCCAACUGAUCCGCAGGUUUCAUGUCCUACUGAAAAAUAAAACCCAAUUGGCCAAGAGAUUAGAGAAGAUUUGGAACUGCAAAUUGGAGUCUGAUCCAGCCAAGCUCAUAAAAGAACACAGCCCUGGUUUGUUUAAGAUAUUCGAACAAGCAAGACUUCAUACCAUAGAGACAUUAUUGGUCAACAAAUCUACCCCGUCAGCAAUCAUCAACACCGACUCUCUACAACCCGACAGGAUUUGCGAGGAGCUAGGAAAAAUAGAAGGAGAAAUAGAGAAACGGGGCGGUUUAGAACUUUAUCAGGCUGCAUCCGUUCAGGGUCAGAGCUCUCAGAGGGGUGGCGAUUCGUCUAAAAAGCUGGUGGAGUGGCUCAAGGAAUUGGGCUACAACAAGAAAGAUGCCGUGGCUCUCGAGAUUGGGUGUUUGAACUCGAGAAAUCUCAUAUCAACAUGCGGAUUAUUUUCGAAAGUAGUGAAGAUAGAUCUUCAUUCGCAAGAGCCAGAUAUAUUAGAGCAGGAUUUUAUGGAACGUCCUCUGCCCAAGAGCGCAGAUGAGCAGUUUGAUUUGAUCUCGUGUUCGCUCGUUGUGAACUUUGUGCCGGAUCCAUGCCUAAGGGGUCAAAUGAUGCACCGAAUCACUCAGUUCCUCAAACCCUACUCACAAAAACCUUAUUUAUUCUUCGUGCUACCAUUACCAUGUGUUAUAAAUUCACGCUAUUUCGACAAUGAUAGACUAUCAGAACUGAUGAGAGCACUUGGUUUUGAGUGUAUAAGACAUCACGAGUCACACAAGUUGGCAUACUAUCUCUACCAAUGGGAACGAAGGGUGAGCGAUGAACUGAAAUUUCCAAAAAAAGAGCUUCACAAGGGAGCGAAGAGAAAUAACUUUUGUAUUGUUAUUAGUUGA